AUGUCGCAUCACGCUCCCACCUCGCGCCCGAAGCCCCCUCCCCCGGGCAGCGAGGAGGCAUCGUCCAUCCUCAACCUCGGUGAAUUCCAACACGUCGACACGCUCACAUUGUCCGAAGCAUCACUCGUCAUCAACGCGCUCGUGACCAAGCGCAAGAUGGAUCGCAAGAACAUUAACGAGACCGAGAUGUUGACACAGACUCUCAACUACCUGGAUGCCUUCUCCCGAUUCCGCCAGAAAGAGAAUGUCGAGGCCGUCGAGCGACUGCUCUCCGCACACAAGCAGCUCGCCAAGUUUGAGCGUGCACAAAUAGGGUCGCUUUGUUGCGAAACGGCCGAAGAAGCCAAGACACUCAUUCCGUCCCUACAAGAUAAGAUCUCCGACGAUGAUCUCCAAAUACUCCUCGAUGAGAUCAGCAAGCUUCAAAGCAGAUGA